UGCCGACUCACUUCUCCGAUCACAUCUUUUGGGGCUUCCACAGAGCGAGAGGCUCCGAAGCGACGGGAAACUGCACAGGCCGCUGCUGCGGGGCUCGCGCACCGGCGAUGGCUGCCGUCUCCGCCCCCGUCCCCGCCCCCUCCUCCACCUUCAACCUAGGCGGUCUCUGCUCCGAUCCGCCACCGCCGCUCCGCCCCUCGGGUGAACAGCUAAAGUACUGCUCCGAAGCACUAGAUUUCUUCAAGGAGAAGCUCAGAACCCCUACUAGGAUCGCCCAGGAGUUCCACCGUCUCCAGGAGAUGAGGCCAACGAUGGAUGAGAUUGUGAGAAAGUGUUCCGUGGCUCUGCGAGAUGCAAACUUGGAUAAAAAUCGCUACACAGAUAUUCUCCCAUUUGACAAUAACAGGAUCGUUCUCAAUUCAACAAGGGACAGCACCUCCUUGAGGAACAAUUAUAUCAAUGCGAGUCUUAUUGGGCUAGCAUCUGGUGAAAAAGUCUCGCAGUUUAUUGCUACACAAGGUCCACUCCCUGAGACCUUUGAAGAUUUUUGGGAGAUGGUAUUUGAAUAUCGUUGUCCUGCAAUCGUGAUGCUAACACGUGUUGAUAAUCACAGGAUGAUGAGGAAAUGUGCUAAUUAUUUUCAAGCACAAAAUGGGCUCAGAGAAUUUGGAAAAAUCAGUAUUGAGACGAAAUAUACGAGAACAUCUGAUUCUUCAUUAGUGCUGCGCCGCUUGGAAGUGAAACACAAAGAGUUGGUGAAACCAGCCCUUUCGGUUCUCCAUAUCCAGUACCCUGAAUGGCCUGAUCAUGGGGUGCCUGAGGAUACUGCAUCAGUUCGGGAAAUUUUUGAAAUGACACAUCAUUUACCACCAGAAAUUGGCCCCAUUGUUGUGCAUUGCAGUGCAGGUAUUGGGAGAACUGGUACGUAUUGUACCAUUCACAACACACUGCAAAGGGUUCUCAUUGGUGAUAUGUCUUCUUUAGAUCUUAAGAAAACUAUUUCUGAGUUCAGAUCACAACGGCUAGGGAUGGUUCAGACAAUGGAACAAUAUUUCUUCUGCUAUGAUGCAAUCGUGGAUGAACUAGAAGAACUCCUCUCCAGGUCCGCACACUAGAAGCUCUAGAAGACUGCACGUAGGAUAUUAAUCCUAGAAGUCCAGCAUAAGUUUGCGGAUCCAACACCAACAAUUUCGGCCUAAAGGAUUUAUGCAUGCCUUGUUUACAGUCCAUCAGCACGUCGUCGAAGCAAAGAAAUCGUCAUGAUGAUGAGAUUACAGUCAGAAAUCCUGUUGAUGCUUUAGAUUUCCUAAAUCCAGUUGUUUCUGUGUUGUUGCAUGUCUCAUCUAAUUGAUUCUUUGUAGUUGACUUCUUAUGUUAUAGUCUACACAUUGCUUCCACAUGGAUGAGACAUUUGAAACAUGAGAUUUUUGGACAUUAAAGAUCAUUAACUAUUCAGGAUAUCAAA